CGGGGCGUGGCUGGACUGGCUCGGGGCUGCGUGGGGCUCACCGAACCCGGGAACGCGGGUGUCGUGGGUGGGAACGCGUAGUCCUGGGACCGCCGAGUCUGGGCGCGGGAGAUGGCGGCGCGAUGGAGCAGCGAGAACGUGGUGGUGGAGUUCCGCGACUCCCAGGCAACUGCAAUGUCUGUGGACUGUCUGGGGCAGCAUGCAGUGCUUUCCGGCCGCCGAUUCCUAUACAUCGUCAGUCUAGAUGCCCCCUUCGAAGGUCACAGAAAGAUCUCACGCCAGAGCAAGUGGGACAUUGGAGCCGUGCAGUGGAAUCCUCAUGACAGCUUCGCGCACUAUUUUGCAGCCUCGAGCAACCAACGUGUCGACCUUUAUAAGUGGAAAGACGGCAGUGGGGAAGUCAGCACGACCUUACAAGGCCACACUCGUGUCAUCAGUGACUUGGACUGGGCAGUGUUUGAGUCAGAUCUCCUGGUCACCAGCUCUGUGGACACCUACAUCUACAUUUGGGAUAUCAAAGAUACACGGAAGCCGACCGUUGCGCUGUCUGCUGUAGCGGGUGCCUCACAGGUCAAAUGGAAUAAAAAAAACGCUAAUUGCCUUGCCACCAGUCAUGACGGGGAUGUACGGAUAUGGGACAAGCGGAAGCCCAGCACAGCAGUGGAGUAUCUCGCAGCCCACCUCUCCAAAAUCCACGGCCUGGACUGGCACCCAGACAGCGAGCACAUUCUUGCUACCUCCAGUCAAGACAACUCUGUCAAGUUCUGGGAUUACCGCCAGCCUCGGAAAUACCUCAAUAUUCUCCCUUGCCAGGUGCCUGUCUGGAAGGCCCGAUACACUCCUUUCAGCAAUGGAUUGGUGACCGUGAUGGUUCCCCAGCUGCGGAGGGAGAACAGCCUGCUCUUGUGGAAUGUCUUUGACUUGAACACGCCGGUCCAUACCUUCGUAGGCCAUGAUGAUGUGGUGCUGGAAUUCCAGUGGAGGAAACAGAAGGAAGGGUCCAAGGACUACCAACUGGUUACGUGGUCACGGGAUCAGACCCUGAGAAUGUGGCGGGUGGAUUCCCAGAUGCAGAGGCUUUGUGCAAAUGACAUCUUAGAUGGUGUUGAUGAGUUCAUUGAGAGCAUUGCUCUUCUGCCGGAACCAGAGAAGACCCUUCACACUCAGGAUACAGAUCACCAGCACAACUCCAGCCACGGGGAGGAAGAAGUCUUAAAGGAAGACCCCCCAAGCAGUCUCCUGGAAGAGAAGAAAUCAGAGCAGCUGGGCCUGCCUCAGACUCUGCAGCAGGAGUUCUCCCUGAUCAACGUGCAGAUCCGCAAUGUGAACGUGGAGAUGGACGCAGCAGACAGGAGCUGCACAGUGUCUGUGCACUGCAGCAACCACCGCGUCAAGAUGCUGGUGAAGUUCCCUGCGCAGUACCCGAACCACGCGGCCCCUUCCUUCCAGUUCAUUAACCCCACCACCAUCACAUCCACUAUGAAAGCGAAGCUGCUCAAGAUCCUGAAAGACACUUCCCUGCAAAAAGUGAAACGCAACCAGAGCUGUUUGGAGCCCUGCCUGCGCCAGCUCGUCUCCUGCCUUGAGUCUUUUGUGAACCAAGAAGACAGCGCUUCCAGCAAUCCCUUCGCGCUCCCGAACUCUGUUACGCCACCCCUACCGACAUUUGCCCGGGUGACCACCGCCUACGGGUCCUACCAGGAUGCCAAUAUUCCCUUUCCCAGGACCUCGGGGGCCAGAUUCUGCGGGGCAGGGUACCUGGUGUAUUUCACAAGGCCCAUGACGAUGCACCGAGCGGUGUCUCCGACUGAGCCUACUCCGAGGUCUCUGUCAGCUUUGUCUGCCUAUCAUACUGGCUUGAUUGCGCCCAUGAAGAUCCGCACAGAGGCCCCUGGGAACCUCCGUUUGUACAGCGGGAGCCCCACGCGCAGUGAGAAGGAGCAGGUCUCCAUCAGCUCCUUCUACUACAAGGAGCGGAAAUCAAGGAGAUGGAAAAGUAAGCGUGAGGGAUCGGACUCUGGGAAUCGACCAAUCAAGGCUGCUGGGAAAGUGAUCAUUCAGGAUAUUGCCUGCCUUCUUCCUGUUCACAAGUCAUUGGGAGAACUAUACAUAUUGAAUGUGAAUGAUAUUCAAGAAACAUGUCAGAAGAAUGCCACUUCUGCCUUGCUUGUUGGAAGGAAGGAUCUCGUCCAGGUUUGGUCGCUGGCUACAGUAGCUACGGAUCUUUGCCUCGGUCCGAAGUCUGACCCAGAUUUGGAAACACCCUGGGCUCGACAUCCAUUUGGGCGACAGCUACUGGAGUCCCUGCUGGCUCAUUACUGCCGGCUCCGGGACGUGCAGACGUUGGCUAUGCUCUGCAGUGUGUUUGAAGCCCAGUCUCGGCCGCAGGGGAUACCAAACCCCUUCGGGCCUUUUCCCAGCCGCUCAUCUAACCUUGUGGUGUCCCACAGUCGAUACCCCAGCUUUACAUCCUCUGGUUCCUGCUCGAGUAUGUCCGACCCAGGAUUCAACACUGGUGGCUGGAACAUAGUGGGAAGAGAGACAGAGCACAUAUCUUCACCCUGGGGAGAGUCCUCACCAGAAGAAAUCCGAUUUGGGAGUCUGACCUACAGUGAUCCUCGUGAGCGAGAGCGUGACCAGCACGAUAAAAAUAAAAGGCUUCUGGACCCCGCCAAUACCCAGCAAUUUGAUGACUUUAAGAAAUGCUAUGGAGAAAUCCUCUACCGCUGGGGUCUGAGGGAGAAACGAGCUGAAGUGCUGAAGUUUGUUUCCUGCCCUCCUGAUCCUCACAAAGGAAUCGAUCCUGCCGAAGUGCCUACAUAGAGCUUUUCUGUAAAGACACAACCAUGCGAGGAGAAGUAAUGUUGGCAGUAAAACUUGGGACCUGGUGGGGCAGAUAGGUUAGUGAUACCUAAUCUCACGGGGAGAAAGCUGAGCCCUGAACUGGCAGGCAGAAAAACAGCAACGCACAUGGCAGAACCCCCAGGUGGCUCAGGUACCGCGUACCUCUGCAAGUGGCAUGAAGGUGAGGUCAAAACAGGAGUAUUGUGUCAUGGCCUUUCUAGGGUCCCCAGAUCCCCACUCCUAGUUUGCAGAGCAGUUACCACCCUUCCUCUCCCCCAGCAGAAAACGGAAGUUCAUUCUCCAAAGAAGGUGGACACAUUUCCCAAUAAAGGGGCCGCCACGUAGCUAGCAUACGAAUGAGGAAAGACCCAGGAAUGUAGAGAAGAUCCUAGAAGCUUCCAGAGAGAGAAAACAGGUCACAUACAAAGGGUAGGAAUACGAAUAGCAUCACACUCCUCGGGAGCGGUGAACUAGAUACUGGAACUAGAUGACAGCAGUGCAGCAGUGCCUUCCCUGUUCUCAAGAAAAUGACCCUCUUAGAAUCUCUUAGAAUUCUAACCUAGAAUUCUGUACCCAAGUUAUCCAUCAAGUGUAAAAGUAGGCCUUCAGCCUAUCCAAGGAGGAGAAAUAGAUUCAAGCCAGGAAACCAGGGUGUUGGGAUGAUGGUGAAGGGAGAUGUACGUGACAGACCUGAAGACAGACCAGUCCAGGUUGGAGCUUCAGAGCAUUGUCUCCAAGAAGAGAAAAAAAAAUCUGUGUAUUUCAGUAUAUAUAGUGUAUUUCAGUAUUCAGUGUAUUUACAGAAGAUUCAGAUGUUUGGAGAUGAAUUAUCAAUAAGUAUGUAACUAAGCAAACAAGAAAAACAAGACUAACUCUAGGAGGAACAAAAUGUGCAAGAAAGAAAGGAAGUCAUCAUGGUACGUGGCUUGGCUUGAAUAAUAUUUACCUAGAGAAAUAAUGUGAAGACAGUGCUGAUCCAACCAACUGAUAAUAGAACCACAUGGGGAAGAUGAGGAACAGGUGGUACAUGAGUCUGGUUGGGGAGAUUGGGGAAUGAAAGAGCUUCCACCGGGGAAGGUCAAGAGACAGUGCUUAAAUAUGACAAUUAAGAAAUAGCUUUAUGAACAUGUUGUGUAGAGAUAGGGAGGUAGGAACAGAAGAAAUAGUUAAGAAUUUCCUCUAGAGGGUGAUGGAUGUGGGAGUGGAAGGGAAUGCUGCUUUUCAUAACACGAUACAUAGAAUAAUUUGACCCUUUAAGUUGUGCAAGUAUAGUUUCAAUUAAAAAAAAACCAAACUAAUAUAUAAAUACAUACAUACUAAUACAUACAUUGAAUAACAAGGAUUAUUUUAAUAUGGAGUAUCUUUUUUUUAAUUUAUUUAUUUUUUUAAAUUUUUGGUUGUGUUGGGUCUUUGUUGCUGUGCACGGGCUUUCUCUAGUUUU